CUAGUGUCUGGUGGAAGCAGUCUGUGUGUUGAUCAACCGCGUCUCUCACCAUCGGUACUUGCAUCCCCCCACUUUCCUUUCCCUUCCCUUCCCAGUGGAACUUAUUAUAAUUGACCUACCUACCGUCAUUCAUUCGCUUAAUUAAUGAUUCAGCACCUCCUCCUCUCACUCUCUCCUUUAGUCCAUCAUGUCAGGGUAUAACAUCAAGGAGUUAAUUCAAGAAGCACAAUUCCGGUGGCUAAGGCCAGGGGAGGUGCUUUUUAUACUUCAGAAUUAUGAGGAAACCCAGCUUAACCAGCAGCCUCCUCAAAAACCGCCUAGCGGUUCUCUAUUUCUUUUCAACAAGAAGGUUCUUCGUUUCUUUCGUAAAGAUGGUCAUAGUUGGCGGAGAAAGAAGGAUGGGAAGAAUGUUGGUGAAGCGCACGAGCGUCUUAAGGUUGGAAAUGUUGAAGCUUUAAAUUGUUACUACGCACAUGGUGAGGAAAAUCCAAAUUUCCAGAGGCGUUGUUACUGGAUGUUAGAUUCUGCAAUGGAUCAUAUAGUUCUCGUUCAUUACAGAGAUAUAACCAUAGGUAAGCAUAGUGCUGGGCCCAUUUUCACUUUGGCCUUGGGAUCUAACAUCAUUCAGAGUUCCAACUCCUAUGCUGCUCAGCUUCCUUUCUCUGCUGCUGCCAUUGAGUUUAAUGAACCUUACUACGGCACCUCUACUUCCAGUUUUAUAGAAGUUAAUCCAGGUGUUAGCAAGCCCAAUGGGGAAAGUCACUUGAAUCUAACAGAAAGAAUUGUGGAAAUUGAUGGCUCACCUGACCUCCAAGUUGAUCAGGCAUUGAGAAGGCUUGAGGAGCAGUUGAGUUUGGACCACCCGAGAGAUAUUGGCACAAUAUAUAGUGAUAACGGGUAUCCAGAUGACCUAGAAUUUACAAUCAAUGAGCCAAAUUACAAUGGAGAGGAUUUGCAGUUGCAAUAUGGUUCAGACAAAUAUGUGUCUCUACAAUAUCCAGAUGAGUUUACUAUUCCAAAUCAACAACAGUUAAUAUGGAACGACGUGCUAAAAUACAAUGUGGAUGCAACAUGUGACGGUUCCCUAGAGAGUUACGCUUACCCAUCAGAUAAAAAUAAAGUCCUUUCACCUCGGCCAAAAGGUGAUACAGUGGAAGAACAAGGGGAGCGUCUUUCUGGGAAUACUGGUGCAGCAUCUAUAUUGGUGUCUCAAGAACUUGAAGAUUCAACAUUUUCUGCAUGUAUCCCUGCAAGAAAUAUGUAUCAGAGUGAUGUUGACUUGUACUCGACGUUGUUCGAUCAAGGCCAGAUCGAAACGCCACUUGCAUCAGAUUCAAGUUUAACCAUCGCAGAAGAGCAGAAGUUCAUAAUUCGUGAGAUAUGCCCCGAGUGGGGUUAUGCGACCGAGCCAACAAAAGUACUCAUAGUUGGGACUUUUACGUGUGAUCCAUCAGAUAGUGAAUGGAUUUGUAUGUUUGGGGACGCUGAAGUUCCUGUUGAUAUUAUUCAGGAAGGAGUCAUUUGUUGCCAUGCUCCACCUCGUUCACCUGGAAAGGUUACUAUUUGUAUUACCUCUGGCAAUCGAGUGGCUUGUAGCGAGGUCAGGGAGUUUGAGUAUCGUGAUAAAUCUAGCAUGUAUAUGCAUACUAACUCAACUGAGGAUGAAUCAAGUAAAAGCUCAGAAGAAUUGUUACUACUUGUCAGAUUCGUGCAAAUGCUACUAUCUGAUAAAAUUGAAAAAGGUACCAGAACUGAUCCUCUAGAAAUUUCAAUGGCUUGUGAAGAUUUAUGGGCUCAAAUCAUUGAGACUCAUUUGGAUGGCAAAAUGGAAUCAUAUAGAACAACAGAUUGGCUACUGGAAGAACUUUUGAAGGACAAGUUGCAAUGCUGGGUUUCCUCUAAAUUGCACGAUAAGAAUACCAUUCCUGUCCUGUCUAAAAGAGAACAAGGAAUAAUACACAUGGUUUCCGGAUUAGGCUUUGUAUGGGCCUUGGCUCCUAUACUUAAAUGUGGAGUCGGCAUAAAUUUUCGUGAUGUUAAUGGUUGGACUGCUCUUCAUUGGGCUUCACGUUUUGGAAGAGAAAAAAUGGUAGCCGAACUUCUAGCAUCUGGUGCAUAUGCUGGAGCAGUCACUGACCCCUGUCAACAAGAUCCAACGGGUAAAACACCAGCAUCUAUAGCCGCGAUAUAUGGGCACAAGGGGCUUGCAGGUUAUCUCUCGGAAGUGGCACUAACUAGCCAUCUAUCAUCCCUCACGUUAAAAGAAAGCGAACUAUCUAAGUGCUCUGCUGACGUUGAAGCUGAAAGAACGGUAAAUAGCAUCUCAAACCCAGAUCUUAUAAACGAGGAUCAGCUUUCUCUCAAGGAUGCCAUAGCUGCUGUGAGGAAUGCAUCUCAAGCUGCUUCACGUAUACAAGCUGCUUUCAGGGCACAUUCUUUCAAGAAGAGGAAACAGAAGGAAAAUGCUGAAUAUGGGAGUGCAGAUGAGUAUGGUAUCCGUCCAAGUGAUAUUGAUGGACUUUCAGCUGCAUCAAAGUUAGCUUUUGGAAAUGCACGUGAUUAUUGUGCUGCCUUACUUAUUCAGAAGAAAUACCGAGGAUGGAAAGGUCGCAAGGAUUUUCUUGCACUUCGCCAGAAAGUAGUGAAGAUACAGGCCCAUGUGAGAGGUCAUCAGGCAAGGAGAAACUAUGAAACUAUCUGUUGGGCAGUUGGUAUAGUCGAGAAAAUCAUCUUAAGGUGGUACAGGAAAGGAGAUGGUUUAAGAGGGUUCCAUUUGGAUUCUACUGAUGAAAAUGAAGAUGAAGAUAUUGUGAAGGUAUUUCGAAAGCAGAGAGUGGAUGUUGCUUUAAGUGAAGCCGUUUCCAGGGUGCUAUCAAUGGUAAACUCAACACACGCAAGGCAGCAAUACCGUCGCAUGCUUCAAAAAUAUCAGCAAGCCAAGGCUGAACGAGGAGGUUUGGAUAACGAAGGAUCCUCAAUGCCUCAACAAGAUGUAGCAGCAGGUAUGGAAACUGAAGACUUGUUCAACUUCAGAUGAAGAAAGAAAUGGUGAAUUAGUUUGUUAUGUUAGAAUAUUUAUUAAUUGUAAGUUGGACUGGCGGUUUAGUUUGUAUAUAUAGUUGCAAUAGGAAGUACUAUCGGUAUGGUUGUAAGUAAGCAAAUCAUAAAUGGGUUUCUUGUGUUGGUGUUGUUGAUA